UUAACGAAAGUCGGCAAUCGAUAGUUAGAUAGGUUGAGAGGAAGCCGAUGACGGUUCACGGCGUCGGAAAUGGAAUAUGUACGAGUUUAAAGUUAAACGACUAGUCUCUAGUUCAUUGUGAACUGUAAUUAAUUUUUGUACGUGAAAAUAAUUGUGACUUGAUAUGUUUUGAUUUAUAUUUCUUGACAUUACUUUUGAGUUGUGAUGUGAUUGUUAUCUGCUGUUGGAUUAUCCAUCAUCAGCUUAAUAAUAUUAUUAUUCAUAUAUAUUUCUUGUUUAUCUAUUGCCAAUUGCCAUAGUUUGUAGUGUGAAAACUACUGGCAAUACCCGUCAUUAUAAAUGUCACAAUGCACGUUAUAUCAGCAGUACUUCAGUAUUAGACUUAGAUAUACCUAGGAGGAAUGAAUUUUAAUAAAAUAACUUCUGUUUCAAUGUAAUGAAUUGUGGAACUUGAUAAUGAAAUGGAGUACUGUUCUACUGACAUAACAAAUGAAAGUAAAUCUAAUACUGAAAUUAUACAUACAUAUGAUGCAGAAGAAGAUGAAGAUGACAAUUGUGUUGUUACUGAUAAAACAGCGAAACAACUAUUACCUACCAGUAUAAGACUAUUAGCAGGAAAUAUAUGUGCUAUAGAUGACGAACCAUGGACAGUUGAAGAAAGUGAUGACUUCAUUGAAGAUAAUUUGGAUAAUCCAAAAAUUACACCACAAAAAACAAUUGGUGAUGAAAAACUUGAAAAAUCUAGUUCGGUUAUUUCAAAAAUAUUUUCCAAUGUCAAAGAAACAGAAGAAAAAUUACAUCUAAAAAAUAAUUAUGUAGAAAUGUUCAUUAAUUCAGAAUUAGGUAAAAUAUUUGAAAAUAUUUUUGAAACAGAUAAUGUCUUAAAUAUAGAUCAAUUAAAAAUGGAAGAGAAAUCUGAAUUCGGUGAAAAAUUAAUUGUUAAUGAAAAUAUAAGUAAUGACCUAGACUUAAAUGAAACCAAUAACAUUGCAAAGAAUACUAAAUACAUGUCUGGUAUAUCUUCUCCUACAUCUUUACCUGGCCCUUCAUAUUCAAUCGACCUACCUGUUCCCUCUUGUUCUAAAUCUUUACCUGAUCACUCUUCUUUUACAUCUUUACCUGGCCCCUCUUCUUUUACAACUUUACCUGUUCCAUAUAAUUCUAAAAGUUUGCCAACUAAAUUAGAUACCAAUUUAAACAAAUCAAGUAUAGAAAAAGACAAUGCAAUGGAAAAUUUAAUAGAUAAAAUUUGCAAUGAUUUUUUUAGAAAAAUAGAAACAACUAAAACUAAUACUGAUACAAAUCAAGAUUAUUCAGAAUUCCCAAAAUUAGGAGAUGGCAAUGAAAAUGAAGGGAAUUUUGAAUGUUUUCAGGAAGACCCUGAUACUGUUAACCCUGAUAUUAUGUAUAAUAUUGAUCUCAAUGAACAUUACAAAUACAUGGAUCUAUUAGUUCAAAAAAUUGAAAAUGCAACUUCUAAAUCUGAAAAACAAACAGUAUUAAACGAAUGUGUGCAACUUAUGCCAAUUCCUCAAAUUGAGCAUGAGCCCCAAUUAUUUACUGACAAUGAACGUUCAAAUUUUUCAAAUGGCAUUUGUGAAUGGGAGUAUAAAAUUGAGCGUGAUGAUUGGGAUAAUAUAAUGAUUAAACGUGCAGUUAUAUUUACAGCUCAUGCUGGAUUUGACGAAGCAAAUGAAGAAAGUUUGAGUGUAUUAUCAGAUAUAAUUAUUCAUUAUAUAAAAAGUCUUCAAGAGAUUGGUGUAAGAGGUGGUUUAAGGGAACUGUUCAAACAUCAUGAUAAUGAUAUAUUUGGUAGACGCAGAGCAUUAAUAGAUAAAUGUAAAGAAUUGCAAAAGAUUAUUGACAAGUUUGUUGAACAGGCCAAAAAUACACUUUUUGAUAAAGCCAAUGAAGAAAUCUUAACAAAUAAAGAAGUUAUUAACGAGGACAUUUUAAAAGAUCAAAGAGACAAAACUAAAAUAGAAUCAAAAUCUAAGAUGGAUACCAAAUCAUCUAUUGAAGGAAAUACUGAUAUUCAGCAAAAUUUAGAACAUUUAGAUGAUUGA